CUGGUAGACAAUCAGCUGUGUGAUAGUAACGACACUAGCUAUCUAAGGCGAGAUUUAAGUGGCAACUAGAUACGCUUGAAUGGAAUCUCUUGACACUGGGCUCACUCGGUCAUGGAUCUUCCACACUCUCAGUUCCCCGUGUUCAACGAAACCUGGGGCACCUUUGAGCUGAAGAUGAGAGAGGAAACCCACGUUACGGAUAUUAAGCAUCAAAUCUUUGAACUCUUGCAAAUCCCCCCCAACUCGCAGAUUCUCAUUGCUGGCCGUAUGAUACUUACCGACCACAUGGGAUGGAAAGAUAUCCACAAAACGAAAUGUUCUCAUCUUGUCUUGGUCAUUCGAAAACGGAAGACAGAGGAGGAAGUGACGGCGUCCGCGCCACUCUUCAUCCAUUUUGAAUUCGAGGUGGAAAACGUUCUUUUCACGUGUUGUCAGUACCCAAAAGACCUCGUUUAUCAUAUCAAGAAGAAGGUUGGCGACAAAUUCCAGAUACCUGUUAAGGACCAGAUUAUCUCCUAUGGGGAUGUUGCUGAUCUACACAAUGGGCGACGGCUAUCCUACUAUUUCACCGACUCUGUGCGGUCAGAACGGCCCUUCACCUUAUCUUUCUCGACUAUUGGAUCAACUUCCAAGUAUGUUCAAGGAUCGAACGGUGUUCGAUUAUUUGUCAAAACUCUCACGGGUGGAACGCUUGUAAUGGAUGAAAUCUCCCUUGCUACUGAGAUUCUAUCCUUCAAGAUUCUAGUUUGGGAAAAGAAUGGAACACCAGCAGAGAGUCAGAGAUUGAUAUUUGCUGGUAAAGAACUCGAGAAUACUCGCAUACUCUCUGAUUAUGGCAUUCAGGCGCAGUCUACUAUCCACAUGGUUUUUCGGCUCAAGGGUGGUAGCUAGUAUGACAAACUUUCUAUUUCUCAUAGUCGGUUUGAUCUCUGUCUCGUUGACUCUACCACUCAGUCCCAUAGAUUCGUGCAUAAUUUUGUAGAAAGAAUUCAACUGAGAUCCUCCUACGGG